AUGUCAACUAUCGUAUCGCCUCAGCACGAAGUAACACAACCACUGAGCCGACUGCUGGAGCUGCCAGGGGAGCUGCGUAACCGAAUUGUCAGAUAUGUCGUGACCCAACCCUACCCUAUCGCGCUGCGUCAAGAUCAAGAGGAAGCUCCAUUCACAAUCGAUGUCAGAAUUCUAUAUACCUGCAAGCAGCUAAGAGACGAAGCCAGUUCUUUCCUCCACGAUGAAAACAUAUUCGAGAUAGAAGUCGACAGCCACGGGUCGGUUACGUCCUUACAUUUCACAAAGUACCACUCCAUCUGCGAAUAUCGCGCCCAGGAGGUCGUGAGUGAGGUUUCGGCGCUCUUCUUGGACAGAUUCUCGCACUUUCAAUUCCGCCUUCUAGAUACUCGCAGUCCCGACUCGCUACGAAAGGCCAUUCAGCGCAUCGCGUACAGUCUCAAUAAUAAACACAUCACCGUCAUCCCACCUCGUCGAAAUCCUACUCGACGCGCAACAGCAGCUUUAGCAACACGAGUCCGCGACUACCCACAGAUCGACAGUCCACUCUCACCGUUUUCUACCUUACGUUGCGCGUCGUUCAGCGUGCUCGACCACAAUGGCAGCGUCGCUGAUGCGGACUUCGGCACGCUCAUCGACCUAGUCACGAGCGGAAGGCCUCCCAUCUGCAUGGCUCAGAAAUAUAACGAUGUGGAGCGCUCUGCUAGAGCUGUGGAUAAGAUGUUGAUCCUACCUGGUGAUUUGCUUCAAGAUUUUGGGAAGCUGCGCACCGUGUUGUUUAAACAUCUGCGAGAACUGUGCCAGUGUGCGAACAAGUCAGAUCAGGAUACUUUUAUGAUAGCGUGUGAGAGAUUUGAGAGUUGUUAUCGUCAAAUCCAGGAGCUUCAAUGA